AUGGAGGGGGUAAGUUAGACAUUCCUAUUCCUUUCUUUACAUCUUAUUCCACUUCCUGAUUCCUUUCAGGUCAAAAGGCGAACGGGAGAUCCUGUGAUUAGCUGUGAUUUAUAACGCGUUAUAGAAGAGUCAUUACCAGUCACAGCCCACUAUCAUUCAUAUCCACAUUACAUCCUCAGAUGUGGCCCAUCAAUAUCAUUAUUAGCUAAUAGCUAGCUGUGUAAUGCUAAUAGUGUGUGUGUGUGUGUGUGUCUCUGUGUGGUGAUGCUAUUACUUAACCAACUUCCCUCUGAGAAGCUUCCAACACACGGCAGGUUACCCCAUAACUACCCUACUGACCACUAUGAAAAGGAAGGAUCAAAGCAGGGUGUUGGUGUUUCAAUGAAAGCCUAUUGUCUGAAUCUACAAGAAAGGGGACUUCAAAGUGCGAGUGGCAGGGUUCAGGGGGGCCUCCUGCCCUGGGGAAAGCCUCCAGGCGAGACCCCUGCUCCUCCACAGGCCUAGUGUUCGUUAGUCUCUGUGGGUGGAGCGGGUGGAGCGGGUGGAGGGUCAGCCAGCUUGUUAUGUUUUAAAGGUUUAGCCUAGCCAAUUAUCUGGGAACAGUAGAGCUGAAGGAGGAAGAGGAAGAAGAGGAGGGAAGAGGAGGAGGAGGAAGAGGAGGAGGAGGGUAGACUAGGCCUAAUUUUGUUUGACUGGAGGGUGUUUCACUAAGACUUGUUUCUCUUAGUCUCACAGCUGUACUCCUCUCUGAGUGCUAGCCUGUAUAGAGUCAUCACGUAGGCUGUUUCACUUAGUCUCACAGCUGUACUCCUCUCUGAGUGCUAGCCUGUAUAGAGUCAUCGUGUAGGCUGUGCUUCUGUGCUGCAAGUUUCACUAUAAACUGGCAACACUAUGUUUAGAAGGCCACCCAUAUAUGCCAUGCUGCGUCACUAAUACUAAAAGGUGUGUCAUGAUGUCAGUAAUGAACUGUUAUUCAGGUUCAUGGGGCUCACCUCAACCACUUACUCCCCAUAAAAAAAAUAUUUUCUGAAAAUACUGAACGUUUCCUGUGUAUAUGGGUGGACACCGCGUGUGUGUGUGUGUGUGUGUGUGUGUGUGUGUGUGUGUGAGAGAGAGAGUGGAGGGAGGGGUGGCAUGUUGGAUCUAGCCGGAAUGGAACACACUAGCACCCCCAAACCCCCCCCCCCCCCCCCCCAACCCCCCCCCCACUCGGCUUUCCCAGUUUUCACUCCCCCUGUAAUUCCCCUUUCCUACCCAAUACAUUCCUCCUCUUCACUCAUCCUCCCAGUGGAGUGUGUCUGGUAGAGGGCUGGGUAUGAGGGCAUGUCGUCCGUCAGUCCUAAACAGUGGGUGAGACUCAGACAUGAACUCGCACUACUGUCUGGCGCCAAGCCCAAACCCUAGACCCACAACAGAUUACUAUAGAACUACUACUGAUUGGUCCACUUGCCAAGCAAUAGGGUCUGUGUCUCAAAUGGCACCCUAUUCCCUACAUAGUGCACUACUUUUAACCAGAGCCCAAUGGGGUCUGGUCAAAAGUAGUGCACUAUAGGCCGAAGUAGUGCACUAUGGGCCAUUUGGGACACAGACCCAGACCCGCUACUGAUUACUCCACACAGAGACAAGAAAACAUCCCCUCCCCUUUCGGCUGUGUAGGUGUCAACAACCCUUUUAGAAUUAAAUGUCAUACUGUUCAUAGGAAAGAGAUAAUCCAGGGGAGAUCUGUCAUACUGUUCAUAGGAAAGAGAUAAUCCAGGGGAGAUCUGUCAUACUGUUCAUAGGAAAGAGAUAAUUCAGGGGAGAUCUGUCAUACUGUUCAUAGGAAAGAGAUAAUUCAGGGGAGAUCUGUCAUACUGUUCAUAGGAAAGAGAUAAUUCAGGGGAGAUCUGUCAUACUGUUCAUAGGAAAGAGAUAGACUAGCCUACUCUGUCUGUAUAAGUACUAGCCUAUCACCUGAUUGGUUAGUUGAGGCCAAUCAUUACUUAACCUAAUCGUCACUUGUUGCUCUGUACAGUGAGAUAUUUGUUUUACGUUUCUUUAAUUUAAAACAAAACAAGGGCCAUUUUUUACUUGUCGGCUAAAGUGGAACAGGGCAGUUGCAUCACAAACAGCUUCUCUCAACCACAAUUACUUUAGUUUCCAGUCUUAUGCAAUCCCACUCCAGAGACAGAGAGACGGAUGCCUCCAUCUAAUGACAUAUACACACUCCAUUAUUGCUGUACCUAAUGUGGGUGUUGGUAAAGUAAACACUAAAAGAAUGCCAUGCAUUGCAUUCUCUCUGCAAUGGGUGACCCUAAGGGUCACAAUGUAACAGGUCAUAGUUCUGAUUCCUCACAGAUUUGGCUGAUAAAGUGGCUUGCGAAAGUGUUCACCCCCCCCAUUUUUCCUAUUUUGUUGCCUUACAACCUGGAAUUAAAAUGGAUUUUUUGGGGGGGUUUGUAUCAUUUGAUUUACACAACAUGCCUACCACUUUGAAGAUGCAAAAUAUUUUUUCUUGUGAAACAAAUAAGAAAUAAGACAAACAAACUGAAAACUUGAGCCUGCAUAACUAUUCACCCCCCCCCCCCCCCCCCCCCCCCAAAGUCAAUACUUUGUAGAGCCACCUUUUGCAGCAAUUACAGCUGCAAGUCUCUUGGGGUAUGUCUCUAUAAGCUUGGCACAUCUAGCCACUGGGAUUUUUGCCCAUUCUUCAAGGCAAAACUGCUCCAGCUCCUUCAAGUUGGAUGGGUUCCGCUGGUGUACAGCAAUCUUUAAGUCAUACCACAGAUUCUCAAUUGGAUUGAGGUCUGGGCUUUCACUAGGCUAUUCCAAGACAUUUAAAUGUUUCCCCUUAAACCACUCGAGUGUUGCUUUAACAGUAUGCCUUAGGAUCAUUGUCCUGCUGGAAGGUGAACCUCCAUCCCAGUCUUAAAUCUCUGGAAGACGGAAACAGGUUUCCCUCAAGAAUUUCCCUGUAUUUAGCGCCAUCCUUCAUUCCUUAAAUUCUGACCAGUUUCUCAGUCCCUGCCAAUGAAAAACAUCCCCACAGCAUGAUGCUGCCACCACCAUGCUUCACUGUGGGGAUGGUGUUCUCGGGGUGAUGAGAGGUGUUGGGUUUGCGCCAGACAUAGUGUUUUCCUUGAUGGCCAAAAAGCUCAAUUUUAGUCUCAUCAGACCAGAGUACCUUCUUCCAUAUGUUUGGGGAGUCUCCCACAUGGCUUUUGGCGAACACCAAAUGUGUUUGCUUAUUUUUUUCUUUAAGCAAUGGCUUUUUUCUGGCCACUCUUCCGUAAAGCCCAGCUCUGUGGAGUGUACGGCUUAAAGUGGUCCUAUGGACAGAUACUCCAAUUUCCACUGUGGAGCUUUGCAGCUCCUUCAGGGUUAUCUUUGGUAUCUUUGUUGCCUCUCUGAUUAAUGCCCUCCUUGCCUGGUCCGUGAGUUUUGGUGAGUGGCCCUCUCUUGGCAGGUUUGUUGUGGUGCCAUAUUCUUUCAAUUUUUUAAUAAUGGAUUUAAUGGUGCUCCGUGGGAUGUUCAAAGUUUCGGAUAUUGUUUUAUAACCCAUCCCUGAUCUGUACUUCUCCACAACUUUGUCCCUGACCUGUUUGGAGAGCUCCCUGGUCUUCAUGGUGCUGCUUGCUUGGUGGUGCCCCUUGCUUAGUGGUGUUGCAGACUCUGGGGCCUUUCAGAACAGGUGUAUAUAUACUGAGAUCAUGUGACAGAUCAUGUGACACUUAGAUUGCACACAGGUGGACUUUAUUUAACUAAUUAUGUGACUUCUGGAGGUAAUUCGUUGCACCAGAUUUAAUUUAGGGGCUUCAUAGCAAAGGGGGUGAAUACAUAUGCACGCACCACUUUUCCGUUAUUUAUUUUUUAGAAUUUUUUGAAACAAGUUAUUUUUUUCAUUUCACUUCACCAAUUUGGACUAUUUUGUGUAUGUCCCAUUACAUGAAAUCCAAAUAAAAAUCAAUUUAAAUGACAGGUUGUAAUGCAACAAAAUAGGAAAAACGCCAAGGGGGAUGAAUACUUUUGCAAGGAACUGUAUGUAGCCUAGAAUCAAUUGUUGUUAAAAUUCCCAAAAUUCCAAACUAACAUAUUUUUCUAGUCUUGUCAAAAAGUCUCACUAUAAUUCACUACAAAACACUGAUCACCUGUCCUUUAGGCUUCUCAGUGGGGAACAAUGGCCUUUUGGACAUAUUUGGGAGUUUGCACUUGGUGGGAUCAUUAUUGUUUCAGAUCUCUUUCCUAUGUUAAUAUACUUACUUGGCAGAUCUGUUAUUCUUUCUCAUCUUCUCCCGAAAGCCAGGAUGGCUAUGACGACUAUGUAAAUUGGUAUUAUAAUCUGUUUUUAAUAAAAAUGUUACUUGACAGAUCUGUUUCUGUCCUUCUCCUCUCUUCCAGAAAGCCAUGAUGGUCCCCCUCAGCGAGUACAGGAGCGGUUGGUCUCCUCUCUUCCAGAAAGCCAUGAUGGUCUUCCUCAGCGGGUACAGGAGCGGUUGGUCUCCUCUCUUCCAGAAAGCCAUGAUGGUCUCCCUCAGCGGGUACAGGAGCGGUUGGUCUCCUCUCUUCCAGAAAGCCAUGAUGGUCUCCCUCAGCGGGUACAGGAACGGUUGAGGGAGCUGCUGCGUGUUCUCAAGUCCGUCAUCGGCAAACACCAGACCCUCAACUCUGUAGACAUCCUCAGGGCUGCCGGCACCGUCAUCGCUAAGGUCAAAGGUUAGUAUCCUCUCAUCCCCACAUCUUUUCUUUAAAUAUGUACUUGUAGGGUUUUUAUUGAUUUUUAUUGAGAUAGGAAAGGUAGGAGAGUUUGAGAGUCAGAAGAGAAGUUGUUCAGAUUCUAACCAAUGCUGACUCCGGUAGCCUAGGCUGUUCAUACAGCCCACAGAUUGGCUCUUCUGAGAUAUGACUUGGUUUUCUUUUCUCCAACUGCACUUUUGAUUGUUCAAGAUAUUUAAGACUACAUAUCAUGCAUGCUCAGCAAGCAAUCAGUGGACUUGACUUUUUUUUUUACUACAGUGUCAUUCACACAUCUGAGUUUCCUUCAACUGUUCAUUGGGAAAAGAUUGAUCAAGGAAGUUGUCCUUUUGACUGCAUUGGGACACGUCUGUUAGAGUUAGCACUCAAUGUUACUUCUGAAAGUGCAUGAUGUGACAAGAACUGAUCAUUAUCUGCACGGUGCCACGCUGACAAAGGAAUCCUUCAUCAUUGUCUGCACGGUGCCACGCUGACAAAGGAAUCCUUCAUCAUUGUCUGCACGGUGCCACGCUGACAAAGGAAUCCUUCAUCAUUGUCUGCACGGUGCCACGCUGACAAAGGAAUCCUUCAUCGUUGUCUGCACGGUGCCACGCUGACAAAGGAAUCCUUCAUCAUUGUCUGCACGGUGCCACGCUGACAAAGGAAUCCUUCAUCAUUGUCUGCACGGUGCCACGCUGACAAAGGAAUCCUUCAUCAUUGUCUGCACGGUGCCACGCUGACAAAGGAAUCCUUCAUCAUUGUCUGCACGGUGCCACGCUGACAAAGGAAUCCUUCAUCAUUGUCUGCACGGUGCCACGCUGACAAAGGAAUCCUUCAUCAUUGUCUGCACGGUGCCACGCUGACAAAGGAACCCACAGUUUCUACUUCCUACUUUCUAGUCUCUUGUCCUGAAAGCAGAGAAUUUCUGUACACUCCAAGACAAUGGACAAUAAAGUAUUUUUCUUCUUCUUCAGUUUCCUAAAUGAGUAGCUACUAACCAGAGGAAUCUCAACUCUGCUGUUUUUAUCUGCCAGAAAUGUGAUCCUUCCUCUGAGGGGGAGAUUCUUCAUUUGGCUUCAGCACAAGAAUGUUCCAGAACAUUGUAGAGCUGGUUCCCAAAUGGCACCCUCUUCCUUAUAUAACCCCAUGGGCCCUGGUCAAAAGUAGUGCACUAUGAAUGGAAUAGGGUCCCAUUUGAAUCCUGUUCUAGCCAUCCUAGGAUUAGCUAGACUACACGGAUUGCAAUUUGCAUUCCAGCUUUAUGCGGCGGUUGGCGUGGCCUUUUUAGCAAUGUGUUCGACGGCCAAACGUGUCCCCGUGCAGCUCCAUUCUUAGUUCCUUUUUGUGUGUGACGCAUGCACACGCACACAUACACACAGAGUAUUGACUCACUGUUUGGCAGGUGUCUAUCUGUCAAUCUUUUGAUCUGAUCUGAGCAGCAUUCUGACCCAGAAUGCAUCUCCCUCGUGUUGACACUGAGAUGUUCUUUUAAAAUAUGCUUAGAAUGCAGACUGGAAACCAAGAAGAAGGAAUCGUCAUCACCAUGGUAACAAUGCAUCCUGUCAGGUGGUUUCCUUUUAGUUCUUCAGUUCAUUCACUAGACCCUCAAGUGGUGAAUGUCACUCUAGUGCACUGGUAUUCAAAGUUGGGGUCGUGACCCGGGAAUUGCAGUGGGUUCGCCCCAAAAAAAGAUACAAAUAUAAAAUAAAUUGGAACAAAAGAAUAAGAGUACAGAUUAUUGUAUGGGACAAUGUACAAACGUUUUGGAGAAAGAUAAAUUGAAAAAUACAAUUUUAUUGAGUAAAUGUAUUUAUUGGUUUCUUUCAUUUUGAUAAAAGAUGAAAGUGCAAUGAAUUUAAGAUUAUUUGUUGAUGUAAAAAUCGAAAUGUACCGAUUUUUAAGGUUGUGUCAUUUAGAUUUGGGGUGGGGUCACGAGAAAUUAUUGGGAGAAAAAUGGGGUCCCCAGACAUUCUCACAGAAAAAAAUGCGUCCACGCUGAAAAAGUUUGAAUACCACUGCUAUAGUGGAAAUAUCAAGGAUAGCAAGAGUUGUAUUUGACAACUAAUCAACUUUUUUGAUCCAUCACCUUUAAAUCAGCCUUCAAUUACAAACAGUGACAAACAGUUCUUAGUCCUGGCCACUAGUAGGUGAGUUCUGUUUGGUUCUGCUUGGACACCACCUCUGUCCCCUGGGUGACAUGACAGAAUGAAAGCGGACAUGAACAGUCAAAGGGUUGUUGACAGGGCCUGGGGCAACUUUGUGUGUUCAGACCGUGUCUCCUGUUCACCACACAGCCUUUGAAGGUGUGUGUGUGUGUGUGUGUGUGUGUGUGCAUGCGUACGUGUGUGUGUUGUGACACUUGGGGUCUUUGGAUGGUUGCCAGAAUCUACAGGAAGAAAUAUAAAUGUCCAAAGGAACACAUGACCAACCUGUUCAGAAUACUACUCAGAUCUUCUCUACCAAACCUUUCAUUCCAACCAACAGAUCCAGAGCUGAACUUUCAGCCAUACUGAGAUGUUACUUAUGACAUAGAUUCAAUACAAAGCUGCACCCGUUGAUGGACAAAAACCCACAUCGAGAUAAAUUGCCUGAAUUGAUGCGAAAACGAUAAAUAGAACAAUACGUUUAUAACAAUCUGCACCACAGUUUUUAAAAUGAUCCUUUAAAUUACUAGUACUAGUUCAAUGGUUGUAGCCAUCAAUUGUCCCAUUUAACGAUCACCCAUAUUAGCAAACUUAUUUCAUUUAAAACUUCACAUUUCUCUAGAAUAGGCUACUUAUCGUAAUGAACGAUAUCAUCAAAAUGCCUGCGAUUAGUGAUGGUUUAUCAGCUCAGCGCUAGUAUACACUUUUUUUUUUUUUUUUUUUUUUUUUGUCAUUUAGCAGACGCUCUUAUCCAGAGCGACUUACAGGAGCAAUUAGGGUUAAGUGCCUUGCUCAAGGGCACAUCGACAGAUUUUUCACCUAGUCGGCUUGGGGAUUAGAACCAGCGACCUUUCGGUUACUGGCACAACGCUCUUAACCACUAAGCUACCUGCCGCCCGUACUGAAUACGAGGAUCUCUCUGUACUUUGCUCCGUUCAUCUUUCCCUCGAUCCUGACUAGUCUCCCAGUCCCUGCCGCUGAAAAACAUCCCCACAGCAUGAUGCUGCCACCACCAUGCUUCACCGUAGGGAUGGUGCCUGGUUUCCUCCAGACGUGAUGCUUGGCAUUCAGGCCAAAGAGUUCAAUCUUGGUUUCAUAAGACCAGAGCAUCUUGUUUCUCAUGGUCUGAGAGUCCUUUAGGUGCCUUUUGGCAAACUCCAAGCGGGCUGUCAUGUGCCUUUUACUGAGGAGUGGCUUCCAUCUGGCCACUCUACCAUAAAGGCCUGACUGGUGGAGUGCUGCAGAGAUGGUUGUCCUUCUGGAAGGUUCUCCCACCUCCACAGAGGAAGUCUGGAGCUCUGUCAGAGUGACCAUCGGGUUCUUGGUCACCUACCUGACCAAGGCCCUUCUCCCCCGAUUGCUCAGUUUGGCCGGGCGACCUACUCAACUCUACUCUACUCUACUCUACUAUACUAUACCCUACUAUACUAUAAUAUAAUAUAAUAUAAUAUAAUAUAAUAUAAUAUACUAUACUAUACUAUACUAUACCCUACUCUACCAUACUAUAUUAUACUCUACUCUACUAUACUCUACUAUACUCUACUAUACUAUACCAUACCCUACUCUACCCUGCUCUACUCUACCCUACCCUACUCUACAAUACUUUACUAUACCCUACUCUACUAUACUAUACUAUAAUAUACCCUACUAUACUAUACCCUACUCUACUAUACUAUACCCUACUCUACCCUUCUCUCUCCUCUCUUUCCUGAGCUUAUUCUGCCCAUCUUUCUUCACUCAAUAGACUAAGAAAAACACUAUUUUGCCGUUAUUGGAUCCCCAGUUAUCAUAUGCAAAUGAGCCCAGAAAUGGUCGAUAGUGCACCUCUGACAAUAAAAACCAAGUGGUACCUACCAAAGACAGAAUGACAAGUCAACACUUUCCCUCACUAAGAGAAACACACUGCACUUUCCCUCACUAAGAAACACACUGCACUUUCCCUCACUAAGAGAAACACACUGCACCGGCUCGUUGUGGUCAGUGAGUGUUCUCAUGCAGUGAAGGAAAGGAAUGUAACAAUACCUCCUGGCCCGGGCUUGAAUGAUGCAGUUCCCAUAUUUGGCGGGUUGUGAUUGGUAGCAGCCAGCGGUGGGAUCAUUGUUGUAGGACUGCAGGAUGUCCUGAGGAAGACGCUCAGCUCUCCUGCCUCUACAGGGGCCUCUACAGCACAGCAGCUCUCUAGCAUUCAGGGGUAAAGAGGUGCACGGCAGGGAAGUACCUCUAUUUACUUCUCUUCCACCCCAUUGGCCUCCUGAGGUGCUGCCCUGGCCUGGUACGUGGGCUAACCUGGGCUGUGGGUUGCCCUCUUCCUCUCAAACCCUCUUCCAAAAGGUACCAGUAGCCAAGAAUGGAUUUGUAGAGGGACUGAACAUCAAUGACAAAAGAUCAACAGAGAUUGACUUGACUUUUAGUUUUAGUUUUGUGUUGGUUGGUCGGGUAGUCAGCCCUCCUGCAGCAUCAGGAAACAGUGGAAGUGUUAAGAAAGUGCUCUGCUGUACGGGCGGACGGGGAAACUAAGUCAGCAACACUUGGUUCUGACUAAAUGGCUGAGGAGCCACGGUAGAGCCAGGAGGUAAGUUUUACGGUGGUCGUCUGAAGGUUUUCUCAGUGUUGUCGAAGAGUUCAAGCUGCCUGAGUCGUUUCCUGUGGUUGGGGAGACAGGAAGUUGAAGUUGGAUUUCUCUUCUGUCUUCUCUCUCUAACUUUUUCUUGGGCUGCCUUCCUCUGCCUUCCUCUGCCUGUCCUCUCGCUUACUGAACUGAACGGUUUCCUGUCUGAAAAAGCUAAGAUGUGCGUCGAACGUCUUCUCGAAGAUUCGUCGAAACUUGACGUAUUUUCGGGAAUGCUAACAGGAACGGAAAUACGGCUGUAAUGUUGACAGGCCCAGUGAGUAUGUGACCUGUGCGGAAGAGGAUUGAUUGUACAUACGAAUUGGAAACCUAAUAUUACCACAGGAUAAUAGAUUGGAUGUUUUGAACCAUUCUCUUCUAAUCUUCUAGAAGAUUUCCAAGUCCUUUUUUUUUGGGGCCACACAGAAAUGGACAACCCUGCCUGUGUUCCUGUUAGUCUCUAUCCACAGUAUGUCUAUAUUUGUAUGUUUAAGGGACAGUUCUGCCCACUUUACUGUUGUUAUUGUCAUGAAUGACUGUUAAUUUAAUUCAAUCAGCCCAAUGAAUGAAGUCAUAAUAGUGCGUUGAUCUAAUAUGACAACCAUGCUACCUUUUUUUUAAUGUCUGUGUCGUGUGUGUGUUGGCAUGUUGACCACAUACAGCUCCAUUCUUUUAGCUUUAUGACCAGACUCCAUGACUGCUUUUGUUGACUGUUUGCUGGCUGUCGACUGCUUUUGUUGACUGUUUGCUGGCUGUCGACUGCUUUUGUUGACUGUUUGCUGGCUGUCGACUGCUUUUGUUGACUGUUUGCUGGCUGUCGACUGCUUUUGUUGACUGUUUGCUGGCUGUCGACGAAUGAGAUUUGACUCUGGUUGAUCGGUUUCUCAUGUGGUUUUAUCACUUUCCAACAGGCGUUAACUUCAAGGAAGUGAACCAAGAAAACAAAAACGCUAUAUUUGGCGACAUAUAUGCGUCCAUUGACACUUUGGCAUUCACAUUUGGAAAUGUGUGAGUACGAUAUUUGUUUACCUUUCAGCGCUGUUGGGUUUUAGUGCCUCUUUGUCAGAGCGCCAGGGGAUUUGACAGGGAUUGUGUUAAAAGGUUUCUGCCUACCAACAGUCAAAAGAGCAUUACUUUUCUUGUAACAGUCCAAACAAUGAAAAGGCUAACGUUUACUAUGUCACCACAUUAACGUUUCACUUAAUCCAAACUGAGCAUUGUUAGUUGAUGAUGUAGAUAAAUAUGUAAUACGUUUUUAGUAUUUGACACUUGUCUUUACCCUGUAGUCUUGGACACUUGACAUUUGUUAUUUAAUGGCAUAGAUAUGUUAUAAUCUCUAGUCUCGAAUACUUCGUUUUGAUAGUCUUCCUCACUUAUUUAUGCUGACUCGUCCUCUUCCUCCUCAGAGUGUCUGACUUCCUUAUGGGAGAUGUGGACAGCCAAUCAGGGUUGGGGAUCCCCCAGACCAGGAGAAGCAGGGUAAGCCAAUCAGAACUCACACAUCAAGGGCGCAUUCAGAAUGCUUGAAAUGUAGGUUAAACAGUGUUGAAUUGAAGUGAAUGUUUAGUUUACUGAACCGUAUCAGUAAAGUAUAUAAAAUAGCAAAAGUGCAAUAUUUUGGUGGAGUAUAAAAUGUGUGUCUCGUGUUUUAAUUUCUAGUCUUUUGAGAACCUCUCUGCGUAUUCUGGGGGGUAUGUUCCAGAGAAGAAAGGCCUUGUGGGUAAGUGUCUUCUUUUGCUCUUUCCUCUUUCUCUUUCUUUUGUUUCUCUUCUUUUCCACUCCCUCUCCGUUUCUCUCUUAUUUUACUCUCUCUGUUUCUCUCUUAUUUUACACUCUCUCUGUUUCUCUCUUAUUUUACACUCUCUCUGUUUCUCUCUUAUUUUACACUCUCUCUGUUUCUCUCUUAUUUUACACUCUGUUUCUCUCUUAUUUUACACUCUGUUUCUCUCUUAUUUUACACUCUCUCUGUUUCUCUCUUAUUUUACACUCUCUGUUUCUCUCUUAUUUUACACUCUCUCUGUUUCUCUCUUAUUUUACACUCUCUCUGUUUCUCUCUUAUUUUACACUCUGUUUCUCUCUUAUUUUACACUCUGUUUCUCUCUUAUUUUACACUCUCUGUUUUUCUGUUCUUUUACACUCUCUCUGUUUCUCUCUUAUUUUACACUCUCUCUGUUUCUCUCUUAUUUUACACUCUCUCUGUGUCUCUCUUAUUUUACACUCUCUCUGUUUCUCUCUUAUUUUACACUCUCUCUGUUUCUCUCUUAUUUUACACUCUCUCUGUUUCUCUCUUAUUUUACACUCUGUUUCUCUCUUAUUUUACACUCUGUUUCUCUCUUAUUUUACACUCUGUUUCUCUCUUAUUUUACACUCUCUGUUUUUCUGUUAUUUUACACUCUCUCUGUUUCUCUCUUAUUUUACACUCUCUCUGUUUCUCUCUUAUUUUACACUCUCUCUGUUUCUCUCUUAUUUUACACUCUGUUUCUCUCUUAUUUUACACUCUGUUUCUCUCUUAUUUUACACUCUCUGUUUUUCUGUUCUUUUACACUCUCUCUGUUUCUCUCUUAUUUUACACUCUCUCUGUUUCUCUCUUAUUUUACACUCUCUCUGUUUCUCUCUUAUUUUACACUCUCUCUGUUUCUCUCUUAUUUUACACUCUCUCUGUUUCUCUCUUCUUUUACACUAUGUUUCUCUCUUAUUUUACACUCUCUGUUUCUCUCUUAUUUUACACUCUCUCUGUUUCUCUUAUUUUACACUCUCUGUUUCUCUCUUAUUUUACACUCUCUCUGUUUCUCUCUUAUUUUACACUCUGUUUCUCUCUUAUUUUACACUCUCUCUGUUUCUCUCUUAUUUUACACUCUGUUUCUCUCUUCUUUCUUUCUCUUCUUCUUCUUCUUCUUUUUGUCUUUCAUCUGCACCAGGGAUGGCGCCCCCGGUUGCCCAACAUCCGUCCUGGUCUCAACUUACUGUUGAGAGUUAGAAUAGUAGAAUACACAAAGUGCAAUUCUGAAAUUUGCUUGUACUUAAGCAGUUAUGUCAGUCACUGACAGUCACUCAAUUAGUAAUUCCAUGUCAUUUCAGCAAGCCAUGACACCCACCGUCUCAGAUUGUUAUGAGAUUGUUUCUGUAGUUAGAAACAUACGAUUAUUAUUCCUGCAACAUUAUUUGGUUGACAUUUUAUUUGAUCUCUGAGAAAUGAAACUAAUUGAUUGCAUCCAAAUUGGCCCUUUUAAUUUUUAGGACUCACAUAAUAUUAAAUAAAUAUAGUAUCCAACAUCCGAUUUGAACUAAACUUCUUCCUGUCAUUGAGUAAGACAUGAGAAAUCCAAUAAAAUGGUCAAAAGCCACCUAUGGUCCCCCCACACCCCAUGCCAAUCCCACCCCAACAACCAGUAUACAGUAUCAGUUCUAUAUGCCUGACAAGCAGUAUGAAGCUGUGGCUUUAGUAUUGCUUCUUCAUAAUAUGUAUUCCCUGUGAAUCUGGUGAUGUUUUGUCCCCUGUUCAGAGAAAUUUACCAUUGAAGUUGCUUGCAUUAUUUAUCAUAAAUUAGUGAGAAAGUACUUUACUUGGCUCAUCCCGCUCUAGUGACUCCUUGUGGCGGGCCGGGCGCCUGCAGGCUGAUUUCAGUCGCCAGGUGAACAGUGUUUCCUCCGACACAUUUGCUUCCGGUUUAAGCGGGCGGGUGUUAAGACAUAAAAUAAGACCGUAGCUCCACGAUUUACAAUGUUAAACAUAAAACCAUAACAGCCUAUGCUUAUCGAAACUCAUUAUUUAAGGUUAGAAAUACAAUGUAGCCAGUGUUUCAAAGAAAACGUAAACAAAGCAAAAACAGGAUUCGAUCCUGUGCCUUCACAAGACGAGAGACUCACUCGCCGCUGCUCCACAGGCUGGCCACCUGCAAGUGAGAAAUGGAGAAGACUAGACUAAGCCUGUGUCCAGUAGAGGUUGAUGUUUUGGAAGCCAGAGCGGGAUCCACUGACUGAGGAAUCAAACAAAGCUUUGUACGUCAUUUAUCAUGUGGUAGCUAGCUGCUUCUCAACUUUGCUUUGGGUUUGAAUUACAUUUCGGGAACUGAGGUCGGCGCUCUCAGUUCUGAAUUCCGACGCCUGUUUAGAUCAUAGUGAGACGUCGGAAGCUUCGAAACGUCAUGAUCAGGCGGUAUUGUUACUUUGAUGCAAGCGUUGCUACGUUGUGUCGAAUCAGUAGUGCUUUGAAAAGUGCGUCAGAGCUCCGGUAUCAAUCGUCCCAUCACUACCGUUGCACAAACAACAUGCUGAUCUAGGCCUACACCAGCGCUGGUAUCAGGCUGUAUUAGAUAGCUACGUUUGCUCUGACUCAGUACAUUUAUUAACUAGCUAGCCAGCUAACUAGCAUAAGUGUUUUCUUGCUAAAUCAAACUAGCUGUUUGCAGACAGUAAUAUACACAAACUAGUAGGGUAAAUAUCCUAUAACCGACAAAUAUUUAUACUGAUACUAAAAUGUCUAUUCUGUUCUACUGAGCAUAUUUACUUUAUUCGUAUCUUUUAUUAUUUCUUAUUGUUGUUGCCAUUGUCGAGGAGGAACCUGCAGUCAGCAUUUAGUUGGACGGUGUAUACCAUGUGUAUCCCGUACAUACUAAUUAAACUAAUUAAUCUUGAAGUUCACUUUAUUAGUUAUUCUGGACAUGUAGCCUCUGGGGCUGAAACAGAGAAGUAGAACCCUGUGAAGAAUUAUUCUGACAAUGUGUGGUGCCUUUCCUGACUCCUUACAUGGGUCCAGAGUUUACAUUGACAUUUUUAGUAAUUUAGCAGACGCUCUUAUCCAGAGCGACUUACAGUUAGUGAGUGCAUACAUUAUUAUUAUUAUUUUUAUUUAUUUUUCUUUCCAUACUGGCCCCCCGUGGGAAUCGAACCCACCACCUUGGCGUUGCAAACGCCAUGCUCUACCAACUGAGCUACAUCCCUGCCGGCCAUUCCCUCCCCUACCCUGGGCCAAUUGUGCGCCGCCACCAUGCGUCUCCCGGUCGCGGCCGGCUACGACAGAGCCUGGAUUCGAACCAGGAUCUCUAGUGGCACAGCUAGCACUGCGAUACAGUGCCUUAGACCACUGCGCCACUCAGGAGUUUCUUGGUUGGGGUCAUGUGGUUAGGAAAACCUCCCCUGGGGAAAACAGUCAUGCGUAAUAACUAUAGUAGGCAAUAGCUCCAGUAUGACCUAUCCCCUAGGCACAGGUCUAGGAUCAGCUUCCCCUCCCCCCAAUCCUAACCUUGACCAUUAGUGUGGAAAAAUGCAAAAACUGACCCAACAUCAGCAUCUAGGGGAAACAUCACCCUACACCUUCUCUGUCCUACCCUGAUCCUAUGAGCUUCCUCCUGUACUACCUCUCCAGGCCCAGAGGUGGCGCUGUCUAAAGAGGAGGAGGUUGACGUGAUGCUGCAGAAGAACGACAGUGGGGUGGAGUCAGUUCUGCUCUAUGCCAAGGCGUGGUCCAAGUACACCAAGGAUCUGCUGGCCUGGGUCGACAAACGCCUGGGACUGGGUUAGUUAGACGCGCACAAACGCAAGCAGACAGAGACAGACAGACAUAUCCCCACAACCAACAAUCAAAUCACACAUUCAUUUACAUUUACAUCAUUUAGCAGACGCAUUCACACUGACUCAUCUGCUAUGUCUUCCCCCAGACAUUGAAUGUGCCAAAAGUUAUGCCAAAAUGGCAGAAUCUGCAAAGACGCUCGCGAGUCAACAGGUAAUAUGUUUUGACUGACUAAGAAUAGUCACACGAUCACACACCCCAUGUCCUGCUUUAAAACUGAACACAGAUUAAAACCUUACAAGGUGCACAUAUCAAAAGAGAACGGGACUGAUGAUAUGUUUCCACGUGUAUGUUCCGUCUGGCUCACAGGACUACAUGCCGUUCAGAGAUAUCUAUAUUUCGACGUUUAAGAAUGACAUCGAGUACAGCCAACUCCUACUGCAGACUGCCACCGCCCUGCAGACCAACAAAUUCAUACAGGUAGGAAUGACAGUGUUCUCUUUUAUAGGUGUCAGAGCAACUUUUUACUCCAGCAAAAAAACAUCAAGACUCACAAUAAUGUAGCGAAUGAUCUUAUCUCUGACAAGGCAACAAUUUAUAUCAUUUGGGUUCAAAGUAAUUUGUGGGAAAUUGGAUGUGGGGUAAUGGAACGUACACUAUAUACUAUGGCUGGUGUCUCUUUCUGCGUCCUGUAGCCGUUGUUGGCCAGAAAGACUGAGCUGGACAAACUGAGGAAAGACAUCAAGGAGCAGUGGCAGAGAGGGCAGAAGAAAAUGGUGUGUGAGCCUUCUGUUCCAUUCUCUGUGUGUGAACCUGUCUCCUCUCUAUAACACAGAGUGUGAAACUCUCACCUGACUGUCUCCUCUCUAUAACACAGAGUGUGUGAUACUCUCACCUGACUGUCUCCUCUCUAUAACACAGAGUGUGUGAUACUCUCACCUGACUGUCUCCUCUCUAUAACACAGAGUGUGAUACUCUCACCUGACUGUCUCCUCUCUAUAACACAGAGUGUGAUACUCUCACUGACGUCUCCUCUCUAUAACACAGAGUGUGAUACUCUCACCUGACGUCUCCUCUCUAUAACACAGAGUGUGAUACUCUCACCUGACUGUCUCCUUCCUAUAACACAGAGUGUGUGAUACUCUCACCUGACUGUCUCCUCUCUAUAACACAGAGUGUGAUACUCUCACCUGACUGUCUCCUCUCUAUAACACAGAGUGUGUGAUACUCUCACCUGACUGUCUCCUCUCUAUAACACAGAGUGUGAUACUCUCACCUGACUGUCUCCUUCCUAUAACACAGAGUGUGAUACUCUCACCUGACUGUCUCCUUCCUAUAACACAGAGUGUGUGAUACUCUCACCUGACUGUCUCCUCUCUAUAACACAGAGUGUGUGAUACUCUCACCUGACUGUCUCCUCUCUAUAACACAGAGUGUGUGAUACUCUCACCUGACUGUCUCCUUCCUAUAACACAGAGUGUGUGAUACUCUCACCUGACUGUCUCCUUCCUAUAACACAGAGUGUGAUACUCUCACCUGACUGUCUCCUCUCUAUAACACAGAGUGUGUGAUACUCUCACCUGACUGUCUCCUCUCUAUAACACAGAGUGUGUGAUACUCUCACCUGACUGUCUCCUCUCUAUAACACAGAGUGUUGAUACUCUCACCUGACUGUCUCCUCUCUAUAACACAGAGUGUGUGAUACUCUCACCUGACUGUCUCCUCUCUAUAACACAGAGUGUGUGAUACUCUCACCUGACUGUCUCCUUCCUAUAACACAGAGUGUGUGAUACUCUCACCUGACUGUCUCCUUCCUAUAACACAGAGUGUGUGAUACUCUCACCUGACUGUCUCCUCUCUAUAACACAGAGUGUGUGAUACUCUCACCUGACUGUCUCCUCUCUAUAACACAGAGUGUGUGAUACUCUCACCUGACUGUCUCCUCUCUAUAACACAGAGUGUGUGAAACUCUCACCUGACUGUCUCCUCUCUAUAACACAGAGUGUGUGAUACUCUCACCUGACUGUCUCCUCUCUAUAACACAGAGUGUGUGAUACUCUCACCUGACUGUCUCCUUCCUAUAACACAGAGUGUGUGGUACUCUCACCUGACUGCCUCCUCCCUUCUCCUCCUUAGCAAGAGUCUGAGGUGGCGCUGCGUAAGGCCCGGUGGACCCAGGAGCAGAGGAGAGACGAGUACCAGAAGGCCCACUCCUCGGCCAGCCGCUCCCAGGAGGAACAGUCCAAACAGCUGGACAAGAAGCGGAAACUGGAGGAGGAGGCUCUACAGAAGGUAUGAGGCGUGAUCAUACAAAUAUACUGAUGUUUCAUGAGAUUAAAUAAAAGAUCCCAGAAAAAUUUCUCUCAAAUUUUGCGCAUACAUUUGUUUACAUCCCUUGUUAGUGAGCAUUUGUCCUUUGUCAAGAUAAUCCAUCCACCUGACAGAUGUGGCAUAUCAAGAAGCUGAUUAAACAGCAUGAUCAUUACACAGGUGCACCUUGUGCUGGGGACAAUAAAAGGCCACUCUAAAAUCUGCAGUUUUGUAACACAGCCCAAUGCCACAGAUGUCUCAAGUUUUGAGGGAGCGUGCAAUUGGCAUGCUGACUGCAGGAAUGUCCACCAGCGCUGUUGCCAGAGAAUUUGAUGUUAAUUUCUCUACCAUAAGCCACCUCCAACGUCAUUUUAGAGAAUUUGACAGUGCGUCCAACUGGCCUCACAACCGCAGACCACGUAUAAUCACAUUAGCUCAGGACCUCCACAUCCGGCUUCUUCACCUGCGGGAUUGUCUGAGACGAUCCACCCGGACAGCUGGUGGAUCUGUGGGUUUGCACAACCGAAGUAUUUCUGCACUAACUGUCAGAAACCGUCUCAGGGAAGCUCAUCUGCGUGCUCCUUGUCCUCACCAGGGUCAUGACCUGACUGCACUUCCGCGUCGUAACCGACUUCAAAUGCUCACCUUCAAUAGCAACUGGCAGGCUGGAGAAGUGUGCUCUUUACGGAUGAAUCCCGGUUUCACCUGUACCGGGCAGGUGGCAGACAGAGUGUAUGGCGUCGUGUGGGCGAGCGGUUUGCUGAUGUCAACGUUGUGAACAGAGUGCCCCAUGGUGGCGGUGGGGUUAUGGUAUGGGCAGGUAUAAGCUACGGACAACGAACACAAUUGCAUUUUAUCAAUGGCAAUUGGAAUGCACAGAGAUACAGUGAUGAGAUCCUGAGGCCCAUUGUUGUACCAUUCAUCCGCUGCCAUCACCUCAUGUUUCAGCAUGAUAAUGCACGGCCCCAUGUCGGAAGGAUCUGUACACAAUUCCUGGAAGCUGAAAUGUCCCAGUUUUUCCAUGGCCUGCACACUCACCAGACGUGUCACCAAUUGAGCAUGUUUGGGAUGCUCUGGAUUGACGUGUACGACAGCGUGUUCCAGUUCCCGCCAAUAUCCAGCAACUUCACACAGCCAUUGAAGAGGAGUGGGACAACAUUCCACAGGGCCACAAUCAACAGCCUGAUCAACUCAAUGCGAAGGAGAUGUGUCACUCUGCAUGAGGCAAAUGGUGGCCACACCAGAUACUGACUGGGUUUCUGAUCCACUCCCCUACCUUCUUUUUUUUUUUAAGGUAUCUGUGACCAACAGAUGCAGAUCUGUAUUCCCAGUCAUGUGAAAUCCAUAGUUUAGGGCCUAAUGAAUUUAUUUCAAUUGACUGAUUUCCUUAUAUGAACUGUAAAAGCUUUCAAAUAGUUGCGUUUAAAAUUUUUGCUCAAGGUAGAAUGAUUAGAAGGGUCUUAGGGCCUCUGACCUAGGUUCAUGCUGAUGUGUUACAGAACUCUCUACCGCUGAUGUAUAACUAGCUUACAUUUUUGUCAUUUAGCAGACGCUCUUAUCCAGCGCGACUUACAGGAGCAAUUAGGGUUAAGUGCCUUGCUCAAGGGCACUUCGACAGAUUUUUCACCUGGUCGCUGGCUCGGGGAUUAGAACCAGCGACCUUCCGGUUAAUGGCACAACGCUCUUAACCACUAAGCUACCUGCCGCCCAGCUGCUAGAAGGCCCCCAAGGUUCUUGUGUAGUUGUGAAAUAAUUUAAUAGGUAGAAGCAACAUGGUAGUAACUCCACCAUGCUCUUUGAUAGGCUAGGUGGAAUUUCAGACGUAUUGCUCACACCAAUCCAAAUCUGUCAGAUCUACAGGUAGCUAAUGUAUUUCUGCCCUCGGAUGUAGCUAAUCAAAAGGGGACCAUUGCGCUCUCCCAGUAGUGUGGUUGGUGCGUAAAACCUGUAAAUUCAGAUGAGCAAAAAAGGUGUGAUGGGUCCAAACUCAGACCCAAUCACCUCAUGUUUCAGCAUGAUAAUGCACGGCCCCAUGUCGGAAGGAUCUGUACACAAUUCCUGGAAGCUGAAAUGUCCCAGUUUUUCCAUGGCCUGCACCCGUACAGAGCAUGUUGUUCCUCUCCUCCUCUCCUCCUCUCCUGUCCUCCUCUCCCUCUCCUCCUCUCCUCCUCUCCCCCUCUCCUCCUCUCCCCCUCUCCUCCACUCUCCCUCUCUCCCUCUCCUCCUCUCCUCCUCUCCUCCUCUCCUCCUCUCUCCCUAUCCUCCUCUCCCCCUCUCCUCCUCUCCCCCUGUCCUCCUCUCCUCCUCUCCUCCUCUCCCUAUCCUACUCCUCCCCUCUCCCCCUCUCCUCCUCUCCUCCUCUCCUCCCUCUCCCCCUCUCUCCCUCUCCUCCUCUCUCUCUCUCUCUAUCUCAGGCUGAGGAAGCGCAGGACCAGUACAGAGCGUGUGUAGCUGAUGCAGGAGCCAGGAGGACAGAGCUGGCCAACACCAAGACAGACAUCCUCACUCAGAUCAGAGAACUGGUGGCUCAGUGUGACCUCACACUCAAAGCUGUAAGUUCUAGUCCACAGAGUAUCAGGAAGCAGGCAUGACAUGAGCAUAGCUCCAGAGUGUAUGUGACUGAAUGUGGUCUUUCUUUCUUUCUUUCUCCAGGUGACAGUGAACUGGUUCCAGCUGCAGCAGGCCCAGACCGUUUCUCUCCCCGUCCACUACCAGGCCCUGUGUGAGAGCGCUAAGAUGUACGAGCCAGGACAGAGAUACGCUGAGUUCGUCCGUAACCUGCCCAAAGAUCGGAUACGCACGGAGUCCUUCUCCACCGAUGAACGGUCAGUCAAUUUGUACUCACUUACGUACUUAGGCUGCGUCUCAAAUGUCCCUAUAGUCCCGAAAGAGCCCAUAGAGCUUUGGUCAAAAGCAGUGCACUAAAUAGAGAAUAGGGUGUCAUUUGGGACAUUAGGCUCCUCUACGGCAAGGUGGCAAUCCACCGACAGUGAAUAAUACAAGCGUAGGGUAAUUUGGCAACCAUUUUAGAACAACAGCCAAAGGUCUACGCUGAGUUUUCAGUCAUUGUUUUGUUUUCAUCAAGUCCUGAUGUUUAUACGGGUGUUUCAUUAUAGUUUCACUUUUGUUUUUUGCUAGAGACAGAAACAGAAUCAGAGAGAAAUGAACACGGUUUCAGUUUGACAGUGGACUGGGGCUUUCCCUUAUAAACUCCAAUGACUUCCAUGUUCUGUAACUGUCAGUGUACAGUAGGACUGACUUCUCACAGAGAGUAACAAUAUGAGAGCGAGAGAGAGAGGAGAGAGAGGGAGAGGGAGAUAGAGUAAGGGAGGAGAGAGUAGGAGGGAGAGAGAGGAGAGUAAGAGAGAGAGAAGAGUAGAGAAGAAGGGAGAGAGAGAGAAGGGGGAGAGAGGAGAGAAGAGAAAGUAAGAGAGAGGGAGUGGAGGCGAGAGCAGUAGUGGACGUAGGGAGAAAGUUGGGGAGAUAUAGAUCUCUCGCUCGUGCGUGCGAGACGAAAGGUGGAGAGUGAGGGGGGAGGCAGAGAGAUAGAGAGAGUAAGGGAGAGAGAGAGUAGCGAGAGAGAGAGCGAGUAUACGCCAAGGAAGUCCUCAUCUUGUUGUUGUUGUUGCCAACAUAUACACCAGGGAGGUCCUCAUCUUGUUGUUGUUGUUGCCAACAUAUACACCAGGGAGGUCCUCAUCUUGUUGUUGAUGCUGCCAACAUAUACACCAGGGAAGUCCUCAUCUUGUUGCUGCCAACAUAUACACCAGGGAGGUCCUCAUCUUGUUGCUGCUGCCAACAUAAACACCAGGGAAGUCCUCAUCUUGUUGCUGCUGCCAACAUAAACACCAGGGAAGUCCUCAUCUUGUUGCUGCCAGCAUAUACACCAGGGAAGUCCUCAUCUUGUUGUUGCUGCCAACAUAUACACCAGGGAAGUCCUCAUCUUGUUGUUGUUGUUGCCAACAUAUACACCAGGGAAGUCCUCAUCUUGUUGUUGCUGCCAACAUAUACACCAGGGAAGUCCUCAUCUUGUUGUUGCUGCCAACAUAAAUAUACACCAGGGAAGUCCUCAUCUUGUUGUUGUUGUUGCCAACAUAUACACCAGGGAGGUCCUCAUCUUGUUGUUGUUGUUGCCAACAUAUACACCAGGGAGGUCCUCAUCUUGUUGUUGUUGUUGCCAACAUAUACACCAGGGAAGUCCUCAUCUUGUUGUUGUUGUUGCCAACAUAUACACCAGGGAGGUCCUCAUCUUGUUGUUGUUGUUGCCAACAUAUACACCAGGGAAGUCCUCAUCUUGUUGUUGUUGCCAACAUAUACACCAGGGAGGUCCUCAUCUUGUUGUUGUUGCCAACAUAUACACCAGGGAGGUCCUCAUCUUGUUGUUGUUGUUGCCAACAUAUACACCAGGGAAGUCCUCAUCUUGUUGUUGUUGCCAACAUAUACACCAGGGAAGUCCUCAUCUUGUUGUUGUUGCCAACAUAUACACCAGGGAAGUCCUCAUCUUGUUGUUGCUGCCAACAUAUACACCAGGGAGGUCCUCAUCUUGUUGCUGCCAACAUAAACACCAGGGAAGUCCUCAUCUUGUUGUUGCUGCCAACAUAUACACCAGGGAGGUCCUCAUCUUGUUGUUGUUGUUGCCAACAUAUACACCAGGGAGGUCCUCAUCUUGUUGUUGUUCUUGCCAACAUAUACACCAGGGAAGUCCUCAUCUUGUUGUUGUUGUUGCCAACAUAUACACCAGGGAGGUCCUCAUCUUGUUGUUGUUGUUGCCAACAUAUACACCAGGGAAGUCCUCAUCUUGUUGUUGUUGCCAACAUAUACACCAGGGAGGUCCUCAUCUUGUUGUUGCUGCCAACAUAUACACCAGGGAGGUCCUCAUCUUGUUGUUUCUGCCAACAUAUACACCAGGGAAGUCCUCAUCUUGUUGUUGCUGCCAACAUAUACACCAGGGAAGUCCUCAUCUUGUUGUUGUUGCUGCCAACAUAUACACCAGGGAGGUCCUCAUCUUGUUGCUGCUGCCAACAUAAACACCAGGGAAGUCCUCAUCUUGUUGCUGCCAACAUAUACACCAGGGAAGUCCUCAUCUUGUUGCUGCCAGCAUAUACACCAGGGAGGUCCUCAUCUUGUUGCUGCUGCCAACAUAAACACCAGGGAAGUCCUCAUCUUGUUGCUGCCAGCAUAUACACCAGGGAAGUCCUCAUCUUGUUGCUGCCAGCAUAUACACCAGGGAGGUCCUCAUCUUGUUGUUGCUGCCAACAUAUACACCAGGGAAGUCCUCAUCUUGUUGCUGCUGCCAACAUAUACACCAGGGAGGUCCUCAUCUUGUUGUUGCCAACAUAUACACCAGGGAGGUCCUCAUCUUGUUGCUGCUGCCAACAUAAACACCAGGGAAGUCCUCAUCUUGUUGUUGCCAACAUAUACACCAGGGAGGUCCUCAUCUUGUUGUUGUUGUUGCCAACAUAUACACCAGGGAGGUCCUCAUCUUGUUGUUGUUGUUGCCAACAUAUACACCAGGGAGGUCCUCAUCUUGUUGUUGUUGCCAACAUAUACACCAGGGAAGUCCUCAUCUUGUUGUUGUUGCUGCCAACAUAUAUACCAGGGAGGUCCUCAUCUUGUUGUGGCUGCCAACAUAUACACCAGGGAGGUCCUCAUCUUGUUGCUGCUGCCAACAUAUACACCAGGGAAGUCCUCAUCUUGUUGUUGUUGCCAACAUAUACACCAGGGAGGUCCUCAUCUUGUUGUUGCUUCCAACAUAUACACCAGGGAAUUAGGGUUGAAAAGGGGGAACCGGGUUACCGAGAUUUCCCACCCACUCCCUUUUCCCGGGAUAAGCAACUGCGAGAAACCGAUUUAAAUGAUUUCUAUGAACUGCAUGAUGUGAAAUGGAGCUGUUAAAUGAUAUGCUCUGUCCAAAUCUGUCUUCUCAACACUCAGGAUGGGGAUCUCAGUAUGGAGCGCUGUUCAUAAUGCAUGUAUCAAAUGAUCAUGGUAACUUUCUUCUUGUGACAGGUAGGCCUACAUUUGCUGCAGCAUAGCCUAUGCUACAGUAAUAUAAAGACUGAAUGCGCGUGUAAUUUACAGUCUGAAUGUAUUUUUAAUAUAUUUGCAAAACAUUUCUAAAAACCUGUUUUCGCUGUCAUUAUGGGGUAUUGAUGAGGGAAAACAUUUAUUUCAUCAAUUUUAGAAUAAGGCUGUAACGUAACAAAAUGUGGAAAAAGUCAUGCGGUCCGAAUACUUUACGAGUGCUCUGUAUAAAGCCAUCCUGUUGUUGUUGCUGCUGUGAGGCCUGUGGGCGUCCUAGGGCAAAAAGAGUCUCACCUUUCCACCGAGGGGUCAAACUGUUUGGACGCUACAGACGAUUUCUUUGAGAAGACAGAUUUUCGGGAUGUCUCAUGGUCUGACAAACACCUCUCUGGCUCUGCCACCUUUCACCCCAGAUGCGGAGGUGCAACGUCGGCGGAUGUGGUGGAUUGAGACGCAUCCAAUGCAAAAAAACUGAUAUCUUUAGCUUAAACUGACUCAUGUUUAUGGGGAUUGUUUUAUUAUGCUAAUUCGAUUUUUGUGGGGGCGCGGACAUCGACCUUAGGGGGUUAAACUUGCCCCUCGAGUUAAUAUUCAACUAUAUUGACUGAGUCUGUCUGUCUUCCCAUCCCAGGUUUCCUGUGUUCAACAAGCUUUCAAUGGGCAGCACCAGUUCCCAUAGUAACCUGUCCCAGGUGUCCCUCAUCUCCGGUGACGUCCUGAGUGGGGACGAGGUGGAUAGUCCUCUGGGGUCACGACCUGGGAAGAGGUCCAACAGUGCCACAGACAUACAAGGUACAGAGACACAGUCAGACAUAAAAGGUCCAGUCAUACAGUAGUAGCAAACAGUACUGCUACCCAACACCAUACAAGGUACAAUACUGCUACCCAACACCAUACAAGGUACAGUACUGCUACCCAACACCAUAUAAGGUACAGUACUGCUACCCAACACCAUACAAGGUACAGUACUGCUACCCAACACCAUAUAAGGUACAAUACUGCUACCCAACACCAUAUAAGGUACAAUACUGCUACCCAACACCAUACAAGGUACAAUACUGCUACCCAACACCAUAUAAGGUACAAUACUGCUACCCAACACCAUACAAGGUACAGUACUGCUACCCAACACCAUACAAGGUACAAUACUGCUACCCAACACCAUACAAGGUACAGUACUGCUACCCAACACCAUACAAGGUACAAUACUGCUACCCAACACCAUACAAGGUACAGUACUACUACCCAACACCAUACAAGGUACAAUACUGCUACCCAACACCAUACAAGGUACAGUACUGCUACCCAACACCAUACAAGGUACAAUACUUCUACCCAACACCAUACAAGGUACAAUACUGCUACCCAACACCAUACAAGGUACAGUACUGCUACCCAACACCAUACAAGGUACAAUACUUCUACCCAACACCAUACAAGGUACAGUACUGCUACCCAACACCAUACAAGGUACAGUACUGCUACCCAACACCAUACAAGGUACAGUACUGCUACCCAACACCAUACAAGGUACAGUACUGCUACCCAACACCAUACAAGGUACAAUACUUCUACCCAACACCAUACAAGGUACAAUACUGCUACCCAACACCAUACAAGGUACAGUACUGCUACCCAACACCAUACAAGGUACAGUACUGCUACCCAACACCAUACAAGGUACAGUACUGCUACCCAACACCAUACAAGGUACAGUACUGCUACCCAACACCAUACAAGGUACAGUACUGCUACCCAACACCAUACAAGGUACAGUACUGCUACCCAACACCAUACAAGGUACAAUACUGCUACCCAACACAUGUAAAAUAACUGCACCCUUGGAAAGAGAUAAACCAAUCUUCAUGCAAUAGCUAUUUUGGUUUAAUAUUGUGUGGAAUACUGUAUUCAAUUCAAUGAAAACAAAAAGUACUUUGACACAGGUCUGGACUUAGCUAACCUCUCUGUGUGUAUUAGCAUGCUAAUACAUUUUAUAAAGCCCUUUUUACAUCAGCAGUUUUCAGAACUGCUUUACAGUUACCCAGCCUAAAACCCCAAAGAGCCAGCAAUGCAGAGGCAGAAUCACAGUGGCUAGGAAAAACUCCCUAGAAGGCAGGAACCUGGGAAGAAACCUAGAGAGGAACUAGGCUCCGAGGGCUGGCCAGUCCCCUACCGGGGGGAGAUUUAAAAGUACAUCUGGACUUUAAGACCAGAUCAUUUGUAAAGAUGUUCCAUCAUUCAUAGAUGAUCAGCAGGGUCAGAUAACGUCCAUAUUGUCUAUAGAGGAUCCAAACAUGGGAUGGCAUGAAGUUGACUGAACGGAUCUGGUGCUAAAGAUCUGGAGGAGCAAGGCUACUUUAAUCAUGUUUACCAACACCAGUUUGUCCCAAUAAAGGCUUUUUAUGGUAGUCAGCCAGUUGGUAUACUGUAGUCAGCCAGUUGGUAUACUGUAGUCAGCCAGUUGGUAUACUGUAGUCAGCCAGUUGGUAUACUGUAGUCAGCCAGUUGGUAUACUGUAGCCAGCCAUACUGUAGUCAGCCAGUUGGUAUACUGUAGUCAGCCAGUUGGUAUACUGUAGUCAGCCAGUUGGUAUACUGUAGUCAGCCAGUUGGUAUACUGUAGUCAGCCAGUUGGCCCAUAUCAAGUCGAUGUUAGGAAGCAUUUUACUGUUAGUCUACACCUGUUGUUUACCAACCAUGUGACAAACAUUUCCUUAUAUGAUAACAAAUAAAGUUGUUUUUUAAGUGGCGCAGCGCCUCUCUUACAUUCUUUGGGGAGAACCCUGACACAAUAUAUUUUUAUCUUAGAGAAUCUGUUAGCCUAUUACCAUAUUGCUAAUACCUAUCUCUCUCUUUCCCUCCCUCUCCUCUCUCUUCUCUCUUUCCUCCCCUCUCCUCUCUCUUCUCUAUUCCUCCCCUCUCCUCUCUCGUCACUGUUCUCUCUCUUCUCUCCCUGUCCUCUCUUUCCUCCCCUCUCCUCUCUCUUCUCUCCCUCUCCUCUCUCUUCUCUCCCUGUCCUCUCUUUCCUCCCCUCUCCUCUCUCUUCUCUCUUUCCUCCCCUCUCUUCUCUCCUCUCUCCUCUCUCUUCUCUCCCUCUCCUCUCUCUUCUCUCCCUCUCCUCUCUCUUCUCUCCCCGUCCUCUCUCUUCUCUCCCUGUCCUCUCUCUUCUCUCCCUGUCCUCUCUCUUCUCUCCCUGUCCUCUCUCUUCUCUCCCUCUCCUCUCGUCUCUCCUCCCUCUCCUCUCUUCUCUCCUCUCUCUUCUCUCUUCUCUCCCCUCUCGUCUCUGUUCUCUCUCCUCCAGGUCUGAGAGGGGGCCAGGGCCCGUUGAGAGCCUGGGCAUCAUGUAGUCAGGACAGAGGGAUGUGUAGUGACUCAGAGAGUGCUGGAGGCAGCAGUGAGUCCCAAUCCAUGGACUCCCCAACAGCCAGCCCAGGUAAGGGAACAUGACCCAACACAACACAACUGUAGGUAAGGGAACAUGAACCAACACAACACAACACCAGGUAAGGGAACAUGAACCAACACAACACAACACCAGGUAAGGGAACAUGAACCAACACAACACAACACCAGGUAAGGGAACAUGAACCAACACAAACACAACACCAGGUAAGGGAACAUGAACCAACACAACACAACACCAGGUAAGGGAACAUGAACCAACACAACACAACACCAGGUAAGGGAACAUGAACCAACACAACACAACACCAGGUAAGGGAACAUGAACCAACACAACACAACACCAGGUAAGGGAACAUGAACCAACACAACACAACACCAGGUAAGGGAACCAUGAACCAACACAACACAACACCAGGUAAGGGAACAUGAACCAACACAACACAACACCAGGUAAGGGAACAUGACCCAACACAACACAACACCAGGUAAGGGAACAUGACCCAACACAACACAACACCAGGUAAGGGAACAUGACCCAACACAACACAACACCAGGUAAGGGAACAUGAACCAACACAACACAACACCAGGUAAGGGAACAUGACCCAACACAACACAACACAACACCAGGUAAGGGAACAUGAACCAACACAACACAACACAACUGUAGGUAAGGGAACAUGAACCAACACAACACAACACAACACCAGGUAAGGGAACAUGACCCAACACAACACAACACCAGGUAAGGGAACAUGACACAACACAACACAACACCAGGUAAGGGAACAUGAACCAACACAACACAACACAACUGUAGGUAAGGGAACAUGAACCAACACAACACAACACAACACCAGGUAAGGGAACAUGACCCAACACAACACAACACAACACCAGGUAAGGGAACAUGAACCAACACAACAUGACACCGCCCAGCACUGGCCUUAUCAGUAGUGCCCAAGAGUUUCUAAUGGCCAUGUGACCUCACUAGGAAAAACUCCAGGCCCUAGUUAUAGGUAGGGCUGAGUUCCGGUACCAAAAUACAGUAAUACAGUACCAGUCAAAAGUUUGGACACACCUACUCAUUCAAGGGUUUUUCUUUAUUUUUACUAUUUUCUACAUUGUAGAAUAAUAGUGAAGACAUCAAAACUAUGUGUUAUUUCAUAGUUUUGAUGUCUUCACUAUUAUUCUACAAUGUAGAAAAUAGUAAAAAUAAAGAAAAACCUUGGAAUGAGUAGGUGUGUCCAAACGACGUUUGACUGGUACUGUAUAUGAAUAUCACUGUUUUCAGUGGUCUGUUAAUGAGUGGUUUGCACUAUAGAGUUCCACAUGUGAUAUUUUGAGGAAGAGUUUUACUUCCUGUUUUCAGGUGACUUUAAACGCAGACUACCCAGAACCCCCUCCACUGGCACUAUGUCCUCAGCAGACGACCUGGAUGAGAGACAGCCACCUUCACCCUCAGACAACGGUAAGAGAGAGAGUCUGCCUGCCUGCCUGCCUGCCUGCCUGCCUGCCUGCCUGCCUGCCUGCCUGCCUGCCUGCCUGCCUGCCUGCCUGCCUGCCUGCCUGCCUGCCUGCCUGCCUGCCUGCCUGCCUGCCUGCCUGCCUGCCUGCCUGCCUGCUUGCCUGCCUAAAGAGCUGUCUGUCUGUCUAAAGAGCUGUCGUUAAUGCAGCCAAGGUCUGAAGUUGUUCGGGUCUUUUCUGGUGUGUGUGUGAGGGCCGGUGAGCUUCAACCCUCACACCAAAUGUUUUUUUACUCUGUGCACAGCUGUAGGGAUGGGGUGUGUUUGGUUUUGGCUUGCGGCCAAACUAACUAGUUCCUGUCUUUUAGCCUGAACUCACCCUGCAGGAGAAUGUGUUAUUUUGAUCAACUCUUUGUUGUUAGAGGCAUCAAGGGCUCUGCGCUGUUAAAACCAACUCAAUACCACUAAUCCUCUGUGGUUUAUUAUUAAUGUGGCUAUUAAACGAUAAAGAUAAUGAAUGAAUAUGAUUAGACCAAUAGAGGUUGUUGUAAUACUCCUGUAACGCAUGCAACCAGUUAUUCUGAAUGUGUAUCCCAGUCAUAAAUGAAUUGUUUAUGACACAAGAAUGAAGUAUUAUUAUUAAGUGUUUGAUUAUUCAGUUAAAGUCCAAUAAGGCUGUUCCAGUACUUUGCUAUAACUUCAAGGAGCAUUCAGUCAUGUUUGGUGAAGAUUAGGGAAAGUAAUGUGGAGUCUCUCUCUCUCUCUCUCUCUCUCUCUCUCUCUCUCUCUCUCUCUCUCUCUCUCUCUCUCUCUCUCAAUUCAAUUCCAAUUUAAGGGCUUUAUUGGCAUGAGAAACGUAUGUUAACAUUGCCAAAGCAAGUGAAGUAGAUAGUAAACAAAAGUGAAAUAAACAAUAAAUAUUAACAGUAAACAUUACACUCUCGCUCUGUCUCCCUCCCGCUCUCCCUCCCACUCCUCCCCCUCACUCUCUCUCUCUCUCCUCGCUCUCCUUCCCCCUGCCUCUCCCUCCCUCCUCCCCCUCCCCUCCCCUCCCAGGUCUGGGUGAGAUGGUGACAGAGACAGCCAGUUCCCCAGGUCCGUUUCGUAACGCCCAGAUGUCCAAGGCGUCUCAGACACACAAGCUGAGGAAACUCCGAGCUCCGUCUAAGUGCAGGGAGUGUGACAGUCUGGUGGUGUUCCACGGAGCAGAAUGUCAAGAGGUAGAAACACACACCACACACACCACACACACACACACACACACCACAACACACACACACACACACACCCACACACACACAACACACACACACACACACAACACACAAGCUCACACACACACACACACAACCACACACACAACACACACACACACCACAACCACACACACACAAGCUCACACACACACACACCACACACACACACAACACACACACACACACACCCACACAACACACACACACACACACACACAACACACACACACCACACACAACUCACACACCACACACACACACACACACACACACCCACACACAACACCAACUCACACCACACCACACACACACACACCACACACCACACACACACACACACACACACAACACACCACACACACACACACACAAAACCACACACACACACACACACACACACACACACCACACACACACACACACACACACACCACACACACAACACCACACACACACAACACAGCUCACACACACCACACACACACCACAACACACACACAACACACACACACACAACACACACAAACACCACACACACACACACACACACCCAACUCAAACACACACACACACAAAUCAAACACACACCACACCACACACACCACAACUCAAACACACACACAACACACCCAACUCAACACCACACAACACCACCCAAUCUCAAACACACACACACCACCACACACACACACACACUACGCUACAACCCCCACACCACACACACACACACACACACCAAGCGCACCCACAGCACACACCCAAGCUCAAACACACACACACAAGCUCAAACACACACACACACACACACACAAGCUCAAACACACAUACACACAAGCACAUAGCCUGUCUUCUCUUGAGAGCCCAGGUCUAGCCUACGGCGGCCUUUCUCAAAUAGCAAGGCUGAUUCUCACUGAGUCUGUACAUGUCAAAGAUUCCUUAAUUUUGUGGAGUGCAGGCACAGUUGGUCAGGUAAUUCUGGCCACUGUGUACUCUCGCUGUUUAGUGGCCACAUCUCUCCUCUCUCUACCUCUCCUCACUCGCUCUCCUGUCACCUCUCUCUCUCUCUUCUCUCCUCGUCUCUCCUGUCUGUCUCUCUGUCUGUCUGUCUGUCUAUUUCAAUUCAAUUUGCUUUAUUGGCAUCACGUAACAAUGUACAUAUUGCCAAAGCUUACUUUGGAUAUUUACACUAUUAAAAUAAUUAAAAUAAUAAUAAUCAAUAUUGUACCCCGGGCAACAGUAAACAACAAUAACCAAGGGUCAAAAUAACCAUUAAACAAUAACAAUAUAGAGGACAUGUGCAGGUUGGUCGGUCUGUCAGAACAACAUCUAACUUCAGACACACGUACCUCCAAUCUAAGAUCUAUCCUCCGAUCUAAGUGUGUUUCUGACCAGAUGUCACAUUUCCUUUCUCUCUCUCUCUGUCUCCUGUCUCAGUGCUCCCUGGCGUGUCAUAAGAAGUGUCUGGAGACCCUGGCUAUCCAGUGUGGUCAUAAGAAACUGCAGGGAAGACUACAUCUGUUUGGGAUAGACUUUUCCCAGGCAGCUAAGAACAGCUCAGACGGGAUCCCCUUCAUCAUCAGGAAGUGUACCUCCGAGAUAGAGAGCCGCGCCCUCAACCUCAAGGUAAAACAAUACUGUUAUUAGCCAACGCAUAACCACAACAAGUGUAUAUAAAGUCAGCACCAUAAUUAUUGGCACCCUUGAUAAAGAUGAGCAAAAUAGACUGUAUAAAAUCAAUAAUACAAAUACUGAGCUCCAGUCAGGUCCAUAAAUAAUAUUAUUAUUAUUAUAGCUGUCCACCACAGCAUAUUGUAGUUGAAAUUAAAUAAUGAAUAUGAGCUGAGAGUGCAGAAUUUCAGCUUUAAUUUGAGGGUAUUUACAUCCAAAUGGGGUGAACGGUGUUAGAAUUACAGCACUUUUUAUAUAUGGUCCCCCCCUUUUUAAGGGACCAAAAGCAAUUGGACAAUUGGCUGCUCAGCUGUUCCAUGACCAGGUGUGUGUUUGGCUGCUCAGCUGUUCCAUGACCAGGUGUGUGUUUGGCUGCUCAGCUGUUCCAUGACCAGGUGUGUGUUUGGCUGCUCAGCUGUUCCAUGACCAGGUGUGUGUUUGGCUGCUCAGCUGUUCCAUGACCAGGUGUGUGUUUGGCUGCUCAGCUGUUCCAUGACCAGGUGUGUGUUUGGCUGCUCAGCUGUUCCAUGACCAGGUGUGUGUUGUGUUCCAUGACCAGGUGUGUGUUUGGCUGCUCAGCUGUUCCAUGGCCAGGUGUGUGUUUGGCUGCUCAGCUGUUCCAUGACCAGGUGUGUGUUUGGCUGCUCAGCUGUUCCAUGACCAGGUGUGUGUUUGGCUGCUCAGCUGUUCCAUGGCCAGGUGUGUGUUUGGCUGCUCAACUGUUCCAUGGCCAGGUGUGUGUUUGGCUGCUCAGCUGUUCCAUGGCCAGGUGUGUGUUUGGCUGCUCAGCUGUUCCAUGACCAGGUGUGUGUUUGGCUGCUCAGCUGUUCCAUGACCAGGUGUGUGUUUGGCUGCUCAGCUGUUCCAUGACCAGGUGUGUGUUUGGCUGCUCAGCUGUUCCAUGACCAGGUGUGUGUUGUGUUCCAUGACCAGGUGUGUGUUUGGCUGCUCAGCUGUUCCAUGGCCAGGUGUGUGUUUGGCUGCUCAGCUGUUCCAUGACCAGGUGUGUGUUUUGGCUGCUCAGCUGUUCCAUGACCAGGUGUGUGUUUGGCUGCUCAGCUGUUCCAUGGCCAGGUGUGUGUUUGGCUGCUCAACUGUUCCAUGGCCAGGUGUGUGUUUGGCUGCUCAGCUGUUCCAUGACCAGGUGUGUGUUUGGCUGCUCAGCUGUUCCAUGACCAGGUGUGUGUUUGGCUGCUCAGCUGUUCCAUGGCCAGGUGUGUGUUUGGCUGCUCAGCUGUUCUACAACCAGGUGUGUGUUUGGCUGCUCAGCUGUUCCAUGACCAGGUGUGUGUUUGGCUGCUCAGCUGUUCCAUGACCAGGUGUGUGUUUGGCUGCUCAGCUGUUCCAUGGCCAGGUGUGUGUUUGGCUGCUCAGCUGUUCCACAACCAGGUGUGUGUUUGGCUGCUCAGCUGUUCCAUGACCAGGUGUGUGUUUGGCUGCUCAGCUGUUCCAUGACCAGGUGUGUGUUUGGCUGCUCAGCUGUUCCAUGACCAGGUGUGUGUUUGGCUGCUCAGCUGUUCCAUGACCAGGUGUGUGUUUGGCUGCUCAGCUGUUCCAUGACCAGGUGUGUGUUUGGCUGCUCAGCUGUUCCAUGACCAGUGUGUGUUUGGCUGCUCAGCUGUUCCAUGACCAGGUGUGUGUUAUUCCCUCAUCAGUUAAUUUACAAGGAAGCAGAUAAAAGGUCUAGAGUUGAUUACAAGUGUGGCAUUUGCAUUUGGAAUCUGUUGCUGUUAACCCUCAAUAUGAAGUCCAAAGAGCUGUCACUGCCAGUGAAGCAAACCAUCAUUAGGCUGAAAAAUCAAAUGAAACCCAUCAGAGAGAAAGCAAAAACAGUAGGUGCGGCCAAAUCAACUAUUUGGUACAUUCUUAAAAAGAAAGAACGCUCUGGUGAGCUCAGGAACAUGUAGCACGUUCAUCUGUACAAACAAUAGUACGCAAGUAUAAACACCAUGGGACCACGCAGCCGUCAUACCGCUCAGGAAGGAGACGCGUUCUGUCUCCUAGAGAUUGGUGCGAAAAGUGCAAAUCAAUCCCAGAACAACAGCAAAGGACCUUGUGAAGAUGCUGGAGGAAACAGGUACAAAAUUAUCUAUAUCCACAGUAAAAACGAGUCCUAUAUUGACAUAACCUGAAAGGCCGCUCAGCAAGGAAGAAGCCACUGCUCCAAAAACCGCCAUAAAAAAGCCAGACUACGGUUUGCAACUGCACAUGGGGACAAAGAUCUUACUUUUUGGAGAAAUGUCCUCUGGUCUGAUGAAACAAAAAUAGAACUGUUUGGCCAUAAUGACCAUUGUUAUGUUUGGAGGAAAUCGGGGUGGCUUGCAAGCCGAAGAACACCAUCCCAACCGUGAAGCACGGGGGUGGCAGCAUCAUGCUGUGGGGGUGCUUUGCUGCAGGAGGGACUGGUGCACUUCACAAAAUACAUGGCAUCAUGAGGAAGGAAAAUAUGUGGAUAUAUUGAAACAACAUCUCAAGACAUCAGUCAGGAAGUUACAGCUUGGUUGCAAAUGGGUCUUCCAAAUGGACAAUGACCCCAAGCAUACUUCCAAAGUUGUGGCAAAAUGGCUUAAGGACAACAAAGUCAAGGUAUUGGAGUGGCCAUCACAAAGCCCUGACCUCAAUCCUAUAGAAAAUGUGUGGGCAGAACUGAAAAAGCGUGUGUGAGCAAGGAGGCCUACAAACCUGACUCAGUUACACCAGCUCUGUCAGGAGGAAUGGGCCAAAAUUCACCCAACUUAUUGUGGGAAGCUUGUGGAAGGCUUCCUGAAACGUUUGACCCAAGUUAAACAAUUUAAAAGCAAUGCUACCAAAUACGAAUUGAGUGUAUGUGAACUUCUGACCCACUGGGAAUGUGAUGAAAGAAAUAAAAGCUGAAAUAAAUCAUUCUCUCUACUAUUAUUCUGACAUUUCACAUUCAUAAAAUAAAGUGGUGAUGCUAACUGACCUAAGACAGGGAAUUUUUACUAGGAUUAAAUGUCAGGAAUUGUGAAAAACUGAGUUUAAAUGUAUUUGGCUAAGGUGUAUGUAAACUUCCGACUUCAACUGUAGGUGUACCUGUGUCAAAGUCAACCAUCAAGAGAAGACUUCACCAGAGUAAAUACAGAGGGUUUACCACAAGAUGUAAACCAUUGGUAAGCCUCAAAAACAGGAAGACCUGUACAGUUCUGGAACAACAUCCUAUGGACAGAUGAGACUGUCACGAUCGUCUAAGGAGGGAGAGGACCAAGGCGCAGCGUUGAAAGCAAACAUAUUUAUUUUAUCAAGAUCACACGAUCAAAACAACGAAACGUGACGUCCUUGGUUACAAAAACAAACCAACACGGAACAAGAAACCACAACACAAAGUGAAAAGACCGAUAGUUAAAUAUGGCUCCCAAUCAGAGACAACCAGCUGUCACUCGUUGCCUCUGAUUGGGAGUCACUCAGCCCAACAUAGAAAAUCAAACAUAGAAUACACACCCUGGCUCAACAUAACAUUGUCCCCAGAGCCAGGGCGUGACAGUACCCCCCCCCUAAAGGCGCGGACUCCGACCGCGCCAACUAAAUCCCACAGGGGAGGGACCGGGUGGGCACUCCGCCUUGGCGGCGGAUCCGGCUCCGGGCCUGAUCCCCACUCCCUCUCCAACCCCCCAAAGUACCCCUGGUCCGGUCUGGCCCCGCUGGCCGGAGCCGGACUGACGAUACGCACCCCUGGCUUGGUGCGUGGAGCAGGAAUGGACCGGACUGGGCUGGCGACGCGCACCACAGACUUGGUGCGGAGAGCAGGAACGGGCCGGACAGGGCUGACGAAACGCACCACAGACUUGGUGCGGAGAGCAGGCACGGGCCGUGCCGGACUGCUGACGCACACCACUGGCUUGGUGCGGGGAGCUUGGAUGGGCCGGACUGGGCUGGCGACGCACCCCGUAGGCUUGGUGCGUGGAGCAGGGACUGGCCGGGCUGGGCUGGCGACGCACACCGUAGGCUUGGUGCGGAGAGCAGGAACGGGCCGGACAGGGCUGACGAAACGCACCACAGACUUGGUGCGGAGAGCAGGCACGGGCCGUGCCGGACUGAUGACGCACACCACUGGCUUGGUGCGGGGAGCUUGGAUGGGCCGGACAGGGCUGGCGACGCACCCCGUAGGCUUGGUGCGUGGAGCAGGGACAGGCCGGGCUGGGCUGGCGACGCGCACCGUACACUUGGUGCGAGGGGCUGGAACAGGCCGGACCGUACUGGGGACACACACCACUGGCUCUACCUCGGGAUCUGGAACGGGCCGGACCGGACUGGUAACACACCCCAGUACCUCUCGCCGUGCCUCUACAUCCUCCAUCCCCUCUUCGACCAGUGGCCCCCGUAACCUGGCGGCCUCCUCUGGCAACCCGCUGGGCCGCUCUAUCGCGGCCUCCUGCUGGUCCGACGUCGUGAGCCCCCCCCUAAAAAUUUUCUGGGGGUCUCUCCUCCCCGUGGGCCAGGCCUCCAUCGUUCUCGCCAGACUCUCACCCCACUGCUCCAAAGUCCAACCUCUCUCCUCUUCUCUUGGCUUGGCCCAGUCGAGACUCCUACUCAACUGCUCCCAAGUCCAUCCUCUCUCUUCUUCAUGCUGCUUGGUCCUGUUAUGGUGGUUUCUUCUGUCACGAUCGUCUAAGGAGGGAGAGGACCAAGGCGCAGCGUUGAAAGCAAACAUAUUUAUUUUAUCAAGAUCACACGAUCAAAACAACGAAACGUGACGUCCUUGGUUACAAAAACAAACCAACACGGAACAAGAAACCACAACACAAAGUGAAAAGACCGAUAGUUAAAUAUGGCUCCCAAUCAGAGACAACCAGCUGUCACUCGUUGCCUCUGAUUGGGAGUCACUCAGCCCAACAUAGAAAAUCAAACAUAGAAUACACACCCUGGCUCAACAUAACAUUGUCCCCAGAGCCAGGGCGUGACAGAGACAAAGAUCAACUUGUACCAGAAUGAUGGGAAGAGAAGAGUAUGGAGAAGGGAAGGAACUGCUCAUGAUCUGAAGCAUACCACCUCAUCUGUGAAGCAUGGUGGAGGAAGUGUUAUGGCGUGGGCAUGUAUGGCUGCCAAUGGAACUGGUUCCCUUGUAUUUAUUGAUGAUGUGACUUCUGACAAAAGCAGCAGGAUGAAUUCUGAAGUGUUUAGGGGCUAUAUUACCUGCUCAGAUUCAGCCAAAUGCUUCAAAACUCAUUGGACCGAAGCAUACUGCGAAAGCAACCCAAUACCCUUUUUAAAGGCAAAGAAGUGGAAUGUUCUGCAAUGGCCAAGUCAAUCACUUGACCUGAAUCCAAUUGAACAUGCAUUUCACUUGCUGAAGGCAAAACUGAAGGCAAGCAGGAACUGAAGACAGCUGCAGGAAAGGCCUGGCAGAGCAUCACCAGGGAAGAAACCCAGCAUCAGGUGAUGUCUAUGGGUUCCAGACUUCAGGCAGUCAUUGACUGCAAAGGAUUUGCAACCAAGUAUUAAAACUCACAAUUCAAUUUAUGAUUAUGUUAGUUUGUCCAAUUACUUUUGAGCCCCUAAAAUUGGGUGGCUAUUUAUAAAAAUGGUUGUAAUUCCAACACGCUUCAUACAAUCAUUUUUACAAUACCCUUAAAUUAAAGAUGAAAGUCUACACUUAAAGCACAUUUUGAUUGUUUCCUUUCAAAUCCAUUGUGGUGGCAUACAGAGCCAAAAUGAUGCAAAUUGUGUCACUGUCCAAAUGCUUAUGGACCUGACUGUAUAUUGUAUGCUCAAAAAACAUUUAAACAUUAUUAUUAUAUACUAAUACAAUUGCUCAGAGAAAGAGAUUUUGUUUAGUAAAUAAAUAAAAAACUAAAAAAGAUAGGGGUCAAAAUGAUUGUAUCCCCUGUUUUCAAUACUCCAGGACCCUCCCCUUGGUAGGAUAAUGACACUGAGCCUUUUUCUAAAAUGUUGUUGGAGAACACAUUGGGAGGGAUCUUAGACCAUUCCUCCAUUCAAAUCUUUCCAGAUCCUUGAUAUCCUUCCUCUGCGUUUAUGGACUUCCCUCGUCAAAUAAAACCACAGGUUUUCAAUGGGGUUCAAGUCCGGAGACUGAGAUGGCCAUUGCAAAAUGUUGAUUUUGUGGACCAUUUCUUUGUGGAUGUUGAUGUGUGCUUGGGGUUAUUGUCUUGCUGGAAGAUCCACUUGCAGCCAAGUUUCAGCCUCCUGGCGGAGGCAAACAGGUUUUGGGCUAAAAUGUCCUGGUACUGGGUAAAGUUCAUGCUGAUUUUUAUUUAUUUUUCACCUUUAUUUAACCAGGUAAGCCAGUUGAGAACAAGUUCUCAUUUACAACUGCGACCUGGCCAAGAUAAAGCAAAGCAGUGCGAUUAAAAACAACAACACAGAGUUACAUAUGGGGUAAACAAAACAUAAAGUCAAAAAUACAACAGAAAAUAUAUAUACAGUGUGUGCAAAUGUAGCAAGUUAUGGAGGUAAGGCAAUAAAUAGGCUAUAGUGCAAAAUAAUUACAAUUAGUAUUAACACUGGAAUGAUAGAUGUGCAAAAGAUGAUGUGCAAAUAGAGAUACUGGGGUACAAAUUAGCAAAAUAAAUAACAAUAUGGGGAUGAGGUAGUUGGGUGGGCUAAUUACAGAUGGGCUGUGUACAGGUGCAGUGAUCGGUAAGCUGCUCUGACAACUGAUGCUUAAAGUUAAUGAGGGAGAUAAGUGUCUCCAGCUUCAGAGAUUUUUGCAGUUCGUUCCAGUCAUUGGCAGCAGAGAACUGGAAGGAAUGGCGGCCAAAGGAGGUGUUGGCUUUGGGGAUGACCAGUGAGAUAUACUUGCUGGAGCGCAGACUACGGGUGGGUGUUGCUAUGGUGACCAGUGAGCUAAGAUAAGACGGGGAUUUGCCUAGCAGUGAUUUAUAGAUGACCUGGAGCCAGUAGGUUUGGCGACGAAUAUGUAGUGAGGGCCAGCCAACAAGAGCGUACAGGUCAUAAUGGUGGGUAGUGUAUGGGGCUUUGGAGACAAAACAGAUGGCACUGUGAUAGACUACAUCCAAUUUGCUGAGUAGAGUGUUGGAGGCUAUUUUGUAAAUGACAUAGCCGAAGUCAAGGAUCGGUAGGAUAGUCCGUUUUACGAGGGCAUGUUUGGCAGCAUGAGUGAAGGAGGCUUUGUUGCGAAAUAGGAAGCCGAUUCUAGAUCUAACUUUUGAUUGGAGAUGCUUAAUGUGAGUCUGGAAGGAGAGUUUACAGUCUAACCAGACACCUAGGUAUUUGUAGUUGUCCACAUACUCUAGGUCAGACCCGCCGAGAGUAUUGAUUCUAUAUUCAGGUGGGCGGGUGCAAGCAGCGUUCGGUUGAAGAGCAUGCAUUUAGUUUUACUAGUGUUUAAGAGCAGUUGGAGGCUACUGAAGGAGUGUUGUAUGGCAUUGAAGCUCGUUUGGAGGUUUGUUAACACAGUGUCCAAUGAAGGGCCAGAUGUAUACAAAAUGGUGUCGUCUGCGUAGAGGUGGAUCUGAGAGUCACCAGCAGCAAGAGCGACAUCAUUGAUAUACACGGAGAAAAGUGUCGGCCCGAGAAUUGAACCCUGUGGCACCCCCAUAGAGACUGCCAGAGGUCCAGACAACAGGCCCUCCGAUUUGACACAUUGAACUCUAUCUGAGAAGUAGUUGGUGAACCUAGCGAGGCAGUCAUUUGAGAAACCAAGGCUAUUUAGUCUGCCAAUAAGAAUGCGGUGGUUGACAGAGUCGAAAGCCUUGGCCAGGUCGAUGAUUAUUUUGGGAUGUUUUGACCCAGUCGUUCAUUCUAUGUUAAUAAACUGACUGGCUGGGCUGUGGGACAGUUGAUUCAAAUGGAACUGCUAACAGGCAUUACCCGUGGAAUGUGGGGAUUGUUUAUUUUUUUUAUUUUUUUAUUUUACCUUUAUUUAACUAGGCAAGUCAGUUAAGAAUUUUAUUUUUAUUUUUAUUAUGACGGCCUACACCGGCCAAACCCGGACGACGCUGGGCCAAUUGUGCGCCGCCCUAUGGGACUCCCAAUCACGGCAGGUUGUGAUACAGCCUGGAAUCGAACCAGGGGGUCUGUAGUGACGCCUCAAGCACUGAGAUGCAGUGCCUUAGACCGCUAUAACUAUAAUAUAAUAUAUAAUAUAUAAUAUAAUAUAGGUGCUAUAACUUCCUGCAAUCAACCAAUCAGCAUCCACAAGCCAUUUUUAUAGUAUUUUUUGCUCAUCUUUACCAAAAGAUCCAAUAAUUUUGGAUCCCACUGUAUAUGUCAAGAGAGAUGUAACUUGUUCAGAUACACUCCCAUUUAAAUGAUUUGACGUUCUCAUAGUCUCUAACUGGAACUAAUGGGCUGUGUUUGUCCAGGGUAUAUGUCGGGGCUGUGAUGUUGGAUGUUGGUGAUCUGGUGUAUUGUGUGUUCUUGUUCAGGGAAUCUACCGCGUGAACGGGGCCAAGUCUCGCGUGGAGAAGCUGUGCCAGGCGUUUGAGAACGGCAAAGACCUGGUUGAGCUCUCUGACCUCUCACCCCACGACAUCGGCAACGUGCUCAAACUCUACCUGAGACAGGUGAGACAGUGUAAUUGAAUGGUGAUAAAAAAAAAAGCAUCCUUGUUUUACACCGCUAGAUCAUUCUCAUGUAAUAUUGUACAACACAUUUCCCAAAGAUAUUGAUUUAUUCAUUUCUUGAUUUCUAUCUUCUGUAGUUACCAGAGCCACUGAUCCUGUACCGUUACUAUAAUGAUUUCAUCGGGCUGGCCAAGGAGAGCCAGGCGGUGAUCAUAGAGGAGAAGGCUGCAGCCAGGGCCCUCCAGACCCAGACCCAGACCCAGAGCCAGGGACAGCCAGGGGGAGAACAACCCCGACCAGGAGGCACUCAGCCUGGGGUAGAGGGAGAGCAGCCUCCCCUGAGAACCAGCCAGCCUGGAGGAGAGCUCCCCAACCAGCCCAGUAUCAAACUCAACAGAGUCCUGUUUAAGAUUAGAGACCUGUUACGACAGCUGCCUCCUGCACAGUACAGGGCCCUACGCUUCCUCACAGCACACCUACACAGGUAAGAGAUGGGUGCAAACACAUGCACGCACGCACUCACACCCCACCCCCUCCCACCCACCCCACCCCCUCCACACACCCACCCCACCCCACCCACCCCCCCACACACCCACCCCCCCACACACCCCACCCCCCUCCACACCACCACGCACCACCCACCCCACACCACCCCACCCCCCCCACCCCCCCACACCCCCCCCCCGCAAACCCCACCCACCUCCACCCUCCCCACCACCCCUCACCCCCGAGCAACACCGCACCCCCACACCCCACCCCCCACACCCACCCCCUCCACACCCCACCCCCCACACCCACCCACCCCCUCCCACCCCCACCCCUCCUACACCCCACCCCACCCCUCCCUCCCACCCCCCCACCCCCCACUCAACACCCACCCCCCCCACACCCCGCCCACGCCCACCCACCCCCACCCAACCCUCCCCACCCAACCCCACCACCACGCCCACCCCCCUCCCCCCCUCACCCCACCCCUCUCCCCCGCUCCCCCCCCCCCGCCCACCCCUCACCCAUCCCCCACAUCCCCCACCACUCCACACCCUUAACCACCCCCUCAUCACCACCUACCCACCCCCUUCCUACAUCCAUCCCACCCCCUUCCUCCCCCCAACCAUCCUCCCACACCACCUCCUCCCGACCUCCAACCCCCACCCCCACCCCCUCCAAUACAAUCAUACCAAUAUAACUCAGUAUUUGUAUGAUUUAUUUUGUCUUUCUUGCUCAUCUUUAUCAAGUGUAAUAUUAUACUUCCUCUGUAUAUUAUUUAUAUAUGUUGUUUAUGUAGGGUGACAGAGCAGGCGGAGGAAAACAAGAUGACAGCCAGUAAUCUGGGCAUUAUCUUCGGCCCUACGCUGGUCAAACCACGACAUACUGACGCAGAGGUCUCCCUGUCUUCUCUGGUUGACUACCCCUACCAGGUGAGUUCCUGUUAACCCUAAUCCUACCAGGUAUAUAUACCUGUAGAAUACCCCUAACCAGAGCCAGAAAUCUUUCUGAUUGAGAGGUCAAAUACUUAUUUCCCUCAUUAAAAUGCAAAUAAAUUUAUAACAUUUUUGACAUGCAUUUUUCUGGAUUUUGUUGUUGUUAUUCUGUCUUUCACUGUUCAAAUAAACCUACCAUUAAAAUUAUAGACUGAUCAUGUCUUUGUCAGUGGGCAAACGUACAAAAUCAGCAGGGGAUCAAAUACUUUUCCCCCUCACUGUAUGUCCCUGUAGAAUACCCCUUAACCCUACCAGGUAUUUACCUGUAGAAUACCCCUUAACCCUACCAGGUAUGUCCCUGUAGAAUACCCCUAACCCUACCAGGUAUGUCCCUGUAGAAUACCCCCUAACCCUACCAGGUAUGUACCUGUCGAAUACCCCUAACCCUACCAGGUAUGUCCCUGUAGAAUACCCCUAACCCUACCAGGUAUUUACCUGUAGAAUACCCCUUAACCCUACCAGGUAUGUCCCUGUAGAAUACCCCUAACCCUACCAGGUAUGUCCCUGUAGAAUACCCCUUAACCCUACCAGGUAUGUACCUGUAGAAUACCCCUAACCCUACCAGGUAUGUCCCUGUAGAAUACCCCUUAACCCUACCAGGUAUGUCCCUGUCGAAUACCCCCUAACCCUACCAGGUAUGUCCCUGUAGAAUACCCCUUAACCCUACCAGGUAUGUCCCUGUCGAAUACCCCUUAACCCUACCAGGUAUGUCCCUGUCGAAUACCCCUUAACCCUACCAGGUAUUUACCUGUAGAAUACCCCUGUAUUUUCAUAACAGUGUUGCCUGUGAAAGAACUUGACAAAAUCUAAAUGAUCAUUUUACUGCAGUUGGUUUAGUCCUUUAUUGACAUCACUUUGAUCCUCUCCUCCCAGGCACUGAUGGUGGAGUUGCUGGUACGCCACUUCCACAUGAUCUUUGACUUGUCCAGCCCCUCCUCCUCCUCCUCCUCCACCACCACCUCCACGGUGGGCCGGGCCUCCUCCUCCUCCUCCUCCCACCCCCCCACCACCACCUCCACGGUGGGCCGGGCCUCCCCCCGACUCACCUCUCAGGAGAAGGAGCAGAGACUCAGCCGCCACUCCACCUCCCUGCUCGACAUCAAGGAGGUGAGGAGGUCCAAGUGUCUUUUAAUGAUUCAACCAUUUAUGCAAAGUCAUAUCCAUUGCAGGGGAGGAGGGAGGGGGGGGAUAAGGGUUAAUUAGGUCCAGAGCUAUUUAUUAUACCAAUCAAAGCAUAGGUGGCAAUUGAAUGGAGUGUAUAAGAUUGAAUGUAAAGAUUGACCACCUUGGUAAGAAUCAAUUGACUGUUUUGCUUUGUUGUCGUUAUUUGAUGUUUCCCGAACCGUCUCCAAGCAGAGCGCCAAAGUCUACAAGAGGCACUCGUCGGUCAUCCAGCCCUCUCAUACCCUGGAUGAGGUGAGAGAGGGGAAGACAGACAGGACGGGACCAGACAGGACAGGACCAGACAGGACAGAGUUAACAGCCAUGGAGAGACUCAAUGGUGUCGGCUCCUCCUCCUCUGCUGCUGGUGCCGCCUCGGUUGGUUGGUUUGUUUCUGAGCGAGAGAGUGAUUCAGUUAGUUAGUUAUGAAAUGUAUUUGACAGGGACAACGCACAUAAAUGAACUUUUCAGGUUCAACAUCAAUGCUUAAGAGUCAGGAGUCAGGAGUCAGGAGUCAGCAACGAAACACAUGUUUGUCCAUUCUGUCCCGUAGGUCCAGAGAUCUACCCUGGUGUUUGGCCGUCCCAGCCUCAACUCCUCUUCCUCUACGGCCCCGAGGGUCCAGCUCCGCCCCCAGCGCACUAGAAUGGUGUCUCGACCAAUCAGCAUGCCCCUGGAGCGUUUGCCCCUCCCCACCCCCUCACAGGUCAACACCCAUCACUUUAACUGCUGUUGCAUUCGUUGUACAUAUUGUAAUUGUCUUGUGAUUGUUUUUAAUGUUGUGUUGUAUUGUUUUUUUUUAACUAUGGCUGUAAGUAUGAUGAACCUAUUUCCUUUAAUGGGGAUUAAUAAAGUACAAUCUCAUCUCGUCUCUCAGGUCGUCGACAGAAACAGCCGUAACACCAACGCUGCCAUCACGUUGGAUCUCACCGCUGACACCAUCAUGGAGUCAGCCGAGCCAGAGAAGCAGAAGGAGGCUGAGAAGCCUCGGAUUGGUGGGGGGUCAAGGGUCAGUACCUAUUACAUCACACCCUUCAUCGACACCCAGCAGGCCAUGCAGCGGAAGACCUGGGACAGGAAGUACAAACACUAUGACGUCACGCCGCGCACCGCCAAGAUCGUGGCUAAUUUACCGCCGGCCGGUACGGGCCCCGGGACACAACCGGGGAAGCAGCUGAAGAUGCCGACACAACUGUCCGUAUCUGGGCCGACCAGCUCUGCUCUCCCAUCCAGUAGUAGUGUCAGCACCAUAUUCCCCAACAGCCCUUCCACCGUGUCGGCGAAGGCUGGCCAGACGUCCAGAGGAGACAGAGAGGAGACUAUGGGUAGGUCUAACUCUGCUGCUGGAGGUGGUCGGGGGGAGACUAGAACCUCUACCAACUCUUCCAUAACGUUCAGACAACCACGGACUCUGCAGCCUCCACCCGGAACCUUCUACAAGCCUCCUGGUUCUUCAUGCGCCAGAGGCUGGCUGUCAUCAAGUGCCUCUGGGACCACUAGCCCCACCAAUACCUCCCCAACUUCUCCUACUGUUAAAACCUCCCCAACUUCUCCUACUGUUAAAACCUCCCCAACUUCUCCUACUGUUAAAACCUCCCCAACUUCUCCUACUGUUAAAACCUCCCCAACUUCUCCUACUGUUAAAACCUCCCCAACUUCUCCUACUGUUAAAACCUCCCCAACUUCUCCUACUGUUAAAACCUCCCCAACUUCUCCUACUGUUAAAACCUCCCCAACUUCUCCUACGGUUACUGCUCCUCUCCUCCUCUCUUCCUCCCAUUCCUCCAGCAUUACUUUCUCCUCUUCUCCUGUGGAUACCACCACCACCACCACCACCCCCACCACCACCACCACCACCCCAUCCCAUCAAUCCUCAAACCACCCCACACACACCCCGCAGGACUCCGUGGACAGCUCCGUUAGUGUUGACCCUGAGGUCACGACCUCCGCUGACCUUUCCCCCUGCCAGUCCCCUCCCCCCAGCGGCCCGGAAGAGCCCAGCCCGACCGAG